AUGGAGUCCAACUGCCGCAAACUUGUCUCCGCCUGUGUCCAGCUAGGCGCGCACGUAGACUUUGGCGUCCUUUUGCCGAUGAACUGCAUGAAGGACCCGUUAAGCCUGGAGCGCCUGGGAGCCGGGAAUAAGCUGUGCUCCUCCUCACCUUCCUCCUCCUCCUCCUCUUCAUCAUCCUGCCAUCACCACCAGCCCGCGCUGGCCAUGGCGACGGCGCUGGCGCCGGGGCAGGCGCGUUCCUCCCUGGAGUCCGCCAAGCACCGGCUGGAGGUGCACACCAUCUCCGACACCUCCAGCCCCGAGGCCGCAGAAAAGGAUAAGAGCCAACAGAGUAAGAAUGAGGAUGCGGGGCCCGAGGACCCCUCCAAGAAGAAGAGGCAGCGGCGGCAGCGGACUCACUUCACCAGCCAGCAGUUGCAGGAGCUGGAGGCCACCUUCCAGCGGAAUCGCUACCCGGACAUGUCCACCCGGGAGGAGAUCGCCGUCUGGACAAACCUCACCGAGGCCAGGGUUAGGGUUUGGUUCAAGAACCGCAGAGCCAAAUGGAGAAAGAGAGAAAGGAACCAGCAAGCCGAGCUUUGCAAAAACGGCUUCGGCCCGCAGUUUAACGGCCUCAUGCAGCCCUACGAUGACAUGUACCCCGGCUACUCGUACAACAACUGGGCAGCCAAGGGCCUCACCUCCGCUUCCCUCUCCACCAAAAGCUUUCCUUUUUUCAACUCCAUGAAUGUCAACCCUCUGUCUUCUCAGAGCAUGUUCUCCCCUCCAAACUCCAUAUCCUCCAUGAGUAUGUCUUCAAGCAUGGUACCUUCUGCAGUCACCGGGGUGCCCGGCUCCAGCCUCAACAGCCUGAAUAACUUGAACAACUUGAGCAAUCCCUCCCUGAAUUCUGCAGUGCCAACGCCAGCCUGUCCUUAUGCUCCUCCAACACCUCCGUAUGUUUAUAGGGACACAUGUAACUCGAGCUUGGCGAGUCUGAGACUUAAAGCCAAGCAGCACUCCAGUUUUGGCUAUGCCAGUGUGCAGAACCCUGCUUCCAACCUGAGCGCCUGCCAGUACGCGGUGGACAGACCCGUGUGA